AUGCCUCGGGUGGGGGUCCCCACGGGGGGCCGGGGCACGCUGCUGCCGGCCCUGGCGCUGGCGCUGGCGCUGGCAGGGUCCCCGGGCGCCGGGCAGCACUAUGACUACUACGGCUGGCAGCCCGAGAGCCGGCCCCACGGGCGCUUCUACGGGCGGGAGCCGCAGUGCCUCGACAUCCCGCCCGACAUGCAGCUCUGCCGCGACGUGGGCUACAAGCGCAUGCGGCUGCCCAACCUGCUGGAGCACGAGACCAUGGCCGAGGCCAAGCAGCAGGCGGGCAGCUGGGUGCCCCUGCUCGCCAAGCAGUGCCACACCGACACCCAGCUCUUCCUCUGCUCGCUCUUCGCCCCCGUCUGCCUGGAGCGGCCCGUCUACCCCUGCCGCUCCCUCUGCGAGGUGGUGCGCGACUCCUGCGCCCCCGUCAUGGAGUCCUACGGCUUCCCCUGGCCCGACAUGCUGCACUGCGGCAAGUUUCCCUCCGACCACGAGCUCUGCAUCGCUGUCCAGUUCGGGAACAGCAAGGCCACUCCGCCGCCAGUGUCCAAGAUCUGCACGCAGUGUGAGAUGGAGCACAAGGCAGAUGGCAUGAUGGAGCAGAUGUGCUCCAGUGAUUUUGUGGUGAAGAUGCGCAUCAAGGAGGUGACGGAGGAGAACGGCGAGCGGCGGCUGGUGGCCGCCCAGAAGAAGAAGGUGCUGAAGCUGGGCCCGCUCAAGCGCAAGGACACCAAGAAGAUGGUGCUGCACAUGCGGAACGCGGCCGCCUGUCCCUGCCCGCAGCUCGACAGCCUCAGCGGCAGCUUCCUGGUGCUGGGCCGCAAGGCGGGCGGCCGCCUGCUCCUCCUCGCCAUCUACCCCUGGCACAAGCACAACAAGGAGAUGAAGUUUGCCGUCAAGUUCAUGUUCUCCUACCCCUGCCCCCUUUACCACCCCCUGCUCUAUGGGGCCGGGCAGCACUAGGGCUCUGCCCACCCUCUGCCAGCCCCAGGACUCCUGCACGGGCCCAACGCUGCAGCCCUGGCACCCCUGGGUGCACCCCAGGACCCUGCUCUGCACCCCCAGCUGCAUUGGUGGGAACCUUGAUUCACAGCCAGGAUACCUGUCCCUUCCCGAGAGCCCUGCUCUGCUCCCAGGACGCCUGCCCACACCCAGGACCCUUGCUCUGCCUGCUUGUGAGCCCUGGUCUGCACCAGAGACCCUUGGCUCCUCCCAAGCCCCCUGCCUGGCACCCCAGUGACCCUUGCCUGCCUGCUUGACAUUCUUGCACCCCCCUGGCUGCACCCAAGGCUCCUACCUUGCACCUCUGUAUCCUCCCCUCACCUCCCUAUCCUCCUCUCACCUCCCUGAUGACAUGCCCCAGACCUUCCCCCAUCCCCCACUCUAAUCCCUGCUCCAGCCCAUGGGAGCAGCCCAUGCCCUCACCUUGAGCUCCUACCCCAGCCCUGGAUUAUCCCAGCUUCACAGGGACCCACCCCAUCCAAGGCAGGUCCCUCCUGCCCCACUCUCCCACAGAAUGAACCCCCUCAAGGAGGAGCACGGCCCCUGCUUGGGCUUCCUCCCCCUCUUCCCCUCCCCCUGGCUCAGUGUGUGUGGAUGUUCACCUCCAAGCCACCCAGACCAGCCCUGCUGCUUUCCUCACGUAUUUCCUCAACAAGAUGCAGCCCAG